CCGGACCGCUAGCGGCUGGGAGCGCACGCGAGCUGGCCAUGGCCGCAGGGGCAGCGCCCUGAGCCCGUCCCGCACCCGCGGGCCCGGCCGAGCAAGGGAGCGCCCUGGGAUGCCCCAGUGGCCCGGAGCGCAGGGAGCGGCAGCCGCGCGGUGACGGGGAGCGGCGCCCGCCGGACCCGCGACUGUGAGGUGCUGCUGCCGCCGCCGCUGCCAGCCCCCAUGGCCUACAUUCCUGGCGGGGGUGCCCCAGCCUCGGGGGCGGCCCCCGUGGGCUCCCAGUACUGCGUGUGCAAGGUGGAGCUGUCGGUCAGUGGCCAGAACCUACUGGACCGGGAUGUCACCUCCAAGUCUGACCCCUUCUGUGUCCUCUUCACAGAGAUGGACGGCAGGUGGAUGGAGUACGACAGGACAGAAACUGCAAUCAACAACCUCAACCCCGCUUUCUCCAAGAAGUUCGUGCUUGACUACCACUUUGAGGAGGUGCAAAAGCUCAAGUUUGCCCUGUUUGACCAGGACAAGUCAAGCAUGCAGCUGGAGGAGCAUGAUUUCCUGGGCCAGUUCUCCUGCAGCCUGGGCACGAUCGUCUCCAGCAAGAAGAUCACUCGGCCUCUGCUGCUGAUGAAUGACAAGCCUGCGGGGAAGGGCUUGAUUACGAUCGCUGCUCAGGAGCUGUCAGAUAACCGGGUCAUCACACUGAGCCUGGCGGGCAGGAAGCUGGACAAGAAGGAUCUCUUUGGGAAGUCGGACCCAUUUCUCGAGUUUUAUAAACCAGGAGAUGACGGCAAGUGGAUGCUGGUCCACAGGACUGAGGUGAUCAAGUACACGCUGGACCCCGUGUGGAAGCCAUUCACCGUGCCCUUGGUGUCCCUGUGUGAUGGGGACAUGGAGAAGCCCAUCCAGGUUAUGUGCUAUGACUACGACAAUGACGGGGGCCACGACUUCAUCGGUGAGUUCCAGACCUCGGUGUCACAGAUGUGUGCGGCUCGUGAUGGUGUCCCGCGGGAGUUUGAGUGUAUCAACCCCAAGAAGCAAAAGAAGAAGAAGAACUAUAAAAACUCAGGGGUCAUUAUCCUGCGUUCCUGCAAGAUAACCCGGGACUACUCCUUCCUGGACUACAUCCUGGGAGGCUGCCAGCUCAUGUUCACCGUUGGGAUAGACUUCACAGCCUCCAAUGGAAACCCCCUCGACCCUUCCUCUUUGCACUAUAUCAACCCCAUGGGCACCAACGAAUAUUUGUCGGCCAUCUGGGCGGUUGGGCAGAUCAUUCAGGACUAUGACAGUGAUAAGAUGUUUCCAGCUCUGGGCUUUGGGGCACAGUUACCCCCAGACUGGAAGGUCUCCCAUGAGUUUGCCAUCAACUUCAACCCCACCAACCCCUUCUGCUCGGGUGUGGACGGCAUCGCCCAGGCAUAUUCGGCUUGCCUGCCCCACAUCCGCUUCUACGGUCCCACCAAUUUCUCUCCUAUCGUCAACCAUGUGGCCCGGUUUGCAGCCCAAGCCACGCAGCAGCAGACAGCCAUGGCAGUGGACGGCUUUGCUGAGUGAGAAGGUGGCCAGAUGCUGACUUGGGCGCUGGCUUGGUUAUGUCCUUUCUACCUCUAUGACCUUGACUAUUCUGGGUCCACAUUGCCUCUCCUAAGACUCAGAAGGGUCAGACGAAAAGGCAAAAGCCCUAAACAGAGACUAUUAAGACCACAAGGGCUUUUCUGUUCAUUUUAUGGAUGGGGAAAACUGAGUCCCCAAAAGGGGCCAGGGGGUGCUAGGCACAGAGCCAAGCUGAAGAGGAGAUCUCAAGCAGCUGGGAGUCCUGGGGCUUCUGCCCAGAGAUCAUCCAGUGAGCUUUCCUGAACUUCAUUUACUCACCCCCAUCUCCACAGUCUGUGCUAUGGCCACCUGUCACUUACACUAAUUAUUAUUCAGUAUUUUUUUCACUUAAUUUUAUAAAGAAACUAUAACCCACUGUAUAGGAAAAUUUAGUUAUAGAGUUAGGAUAGAGAGUAACAAUAGAAAUAAAUACAUCAGGCAGCACAGUGGUGGUAAGGUCUACCUAGAGACUGCUGUCUCUGGAGCGCUUAGGUUCCUGCCUUCUCUCUGCUAACAGGGAGGGUUAGCAAGUGUGACACACUGGCAUGAGACAGACUUCCUCCUGGGUACAGUUUGUAGAAUUCAAAGACCACUGCAAAACCAGUACCCUCCCCACUGUGACUGAUGCUGUGUCUGGGGUGUGCCCAGAGUCUGCUUGUUGCCAGUAGACCCCACACUCCCAGAAGCACUGACCUAGAUGACCUGCUUAGCUCCUACAAGGUCCGCUGUGCUGAUGGGGGAUGACCAGGGUCACAGGUGUUCAUGUGCAGGUACAGCAGAGAAGGGCAGGCUUGUCUCAGAGUCCACAAGCCAGAAGGCAUCUUCCCCAGCAGCCGUGGACCUCGCUCUGCCGGGGUACAGCUGUCAAUUACCAAGCUGCUACCACGUGGCUGGUGUGGUCUCUUUGAGAGGUGUGGGAACUCCCAUUCUGCAGAUGAAGAAACUGAGGCACAGCCAGUUGAGUCAGUGGCCCAGAGUCCCACGGUGUAGCCACUAUCAGAGCCAGGCCUGGAGUCUGGAGCUCUCACUCUCCUGAGCUGGGAAAGGCAGAGGAAGAGAGAAAGCAGUCUGUGCUUCCGGUUGUGAUAGGCCUGAAGGGCCCGAGCGUGAAGGGAGGUGCCUGCGAUCUGGCAGCAGCUCUGG